CUUACCGAUACCUUAUUUUUAGAUAACUUUAAUUCUCGGCCUGUUCAUGUCACGAAGCAUCUACACCAAUUUCGUUUUUGAGAGCUUCCUGAAAUCGUUCACAGGAUUGAACGAGACGUGGUUUGGAUCAUGGAGAAGAGUUCAACACCCUUUGAGAACCUUUCUGUUCCUUCAGAAGCCACUAUUGCCGAGAUUAAAGGCGAGCUUUUGAACGGAGAUCCUCAAAACAAUCGGUUUACACAAAGAUUGAUCCAAAAUUACGAUAAACGGACAUACGUUCCAAUUGACCUUUCGAAAAAUGUCGACGUGUCUUCGAAUGUUCAUAAUGAAGUUUCCUUCACUAAAAAGCAGUUAUUUCAGCUGUAUACACAACAAGGACUCUCUGGCUGGCUUAAGGUCUUCUUGAUGUCGUUACGGUUGCCUCUCAACGUUAUUUUUGGACAGGAUUUGCCUCCUCUCGAACCAAAAUUCCCUCUCAGCAAAAUCAAUGCUCUCGCUUGGCAUACGUCGUUACCAAUUGUAAUCUUUGCCGAGGUGUCUAGCCAAAACAAUAUCCUUUUCUACGACGUUGCUAGCUCUGCAUUCCUUAAGCAACGCCUGCAGCUGCCUCCUAAUGCUGGAUUUGUGACGGCUAUGCAUCUGACCAAACAAAAUUACCUGUACGUUGGCACGUCUUCCGGCCGGUUGUUCGAGUGGAAGCUCUCCUUCGUGAAACGAACUUCGUCAGCUGGUGCAACGAAGCGUGUGAAUAUUACCGUCUCUAUUUUGGAGAGCAGCGGCAUAGACUACUUCUACGGCUGCGACAUGCUACUGGGCGGAAUCACAUCUUUGACGUGCACGAUAGAUGGCUUUCAUCUAAUCAUCGGAACGCGCCGCGGUGUCUGGUUGUACAACACAGUGCUCAAGCAGCCUGGCUACCGACUCUGCGCAUACGCUUGCAACUACGUUGGAUUUUCCGGACCUCAACACUCUAUCCUGACGGUUGUUUGCGGAAAACUUAUUCUUCUUUUCUCGUGUUCUACCUUUGGCGUCGGCUUAAGCCUGUCGUUCCCUGCGUUCGUUAAUUCUAGCAACACCGUCGAGUCGGUUGCCUGGCUUGCUGGUGAAAAAACACUGCUGUACUCCGUUAAAGACGUUGAGAGCAUCCAAGUACUCAACGUGACUUCUCACCAACUGAGCGACAUGCCGCCUACCUAUAUUCGUUCCACACCCAUCUGCACACCGUUUGUCAAAUCGCGUGGCUACGGCGGUGCUGUUUCGCAGCUGUGCGUUGAUCCAAAAUCGAAACGCCUGGUCGUGUCCUUCGACAAAACGCCCUACCUUGCCGUCUUCUCCGUUGACAAUGGUGAGCGCGGCUUAUUUAUCAACCCUGUUGGUCUUGUCAAGGGCCCUACUUGGAGAGAUUCCACCAACUUGGGAUUCCCAGCUCAGUUCUCCUUUUGCCGCUCGUUUCUCAAGGGCGCACUUUUGCUCACAUCUUGGGAGAGUGGACAGCUUGUUUUAACGCCGUUUUAUUUUGCUACUGAGAAUAAGUUGCAUUGGUAAGGGGCGAAGAGGAGGGCUGUGGAAAGAUGUAUAUGACUGUUUCUCUCGCACGCAGCCUGUCUAGAGCGGUCUCGAGGGACAUGAUUCCACAGUAUUCAAUUGUGUGUUUAGACUAUUAAGUCCCGUCUCCAUUCUUCAUCUGCACGCAUUCCAAACUCUCUACUGCUGUGUACCCAUUCGUCGUGCGUUCGUCUCUCGUCCACCCCUCCGUCUGCCCUUCUGAUAAUCUCUGUAAUACCCGCAAUAUGAUGAAAAUAUAGGGAAAGGCGAAAUAGAUUACG